AUGAAGUACAGCUCCUGGCGCAUGGCGCCACUCCUGCUAUUAGCUUUCUUUCUAUUCCUCGCCAGUAGUGCAGCCCGGGAAGAGCUGGACUACCAGGAUUUUCAGGACCAUACACAGAAGCCGGUGUCAGCCUCCGCGAAGGUUGGGGACGGUACAUCCUUCAGGGAUGAGGGUGCGGACAAUGGACGACAAGACGAGAUGGCGCAGAGCAUAAGAGAGGCUACGGCUUUGCUGCGGAAAGUCAAGGCACCGGCGGUAUCGAAGCUAGCCACGUAUACGCGAAAACCGAAAGGCUUCCUAGGGAGCAGCGCUUACUACGCCAAAGAAGCCUUCGUGCUCCUCUUCAUGAACUCGCCCAAGCAGACAAAUCUCUUGACGACCUCCACAUCCUCACCACAACAGCCGAAGCUUCCAGCCCCACUCAACGUAGCCCUCCAGCUCCUCGAACCUGCUGCGGAGGAAGAGAACGCUGAUGCUGUCUUCCUACUGGCUGAGAUGAACUUCCAUGGCAACUUCACACACCCGAGAUCCUACUCCAAGGCCUUCGACUACUACAAGCAACUCGCCGACCUCGAUGGUAAUGCUACAGCGCAAUACAUGCUGGGCUUCAUGUACGCCACAGGGUUGAACCCGGAAGUGUCCGCGGACCAAGCCAAGAGCAUGCUAUACCAUAGAUUCGCGGCCGAGCAAGGCCACACGCGCUCACAGAUGACGCUGGCGUACAAACAUCAUGUAGGAAUAGCCACGCCAAAGAACUGCGAUGAGGCUGCUAUAUGGUACAAGCAUGUUGCGGACAAGGCGAUCGACUACUACCGAUCUGGACCUCCGGGCGGGCACGUACUAUCGAGAGAAUCAUACAGACUCGCAGAUGAAGAUGGAGGUGUGUAUGGAGAAGGUGCCAGCGUGAGCUCGGCAGGUGUGCAUGCGAGGCAAGGAGGCGUCACGAGCGACGCAUAUGCAGAUGUGGAGGAUGUGCUGGAGUAUCUUGUGCUGCAGUCUUCGAAGGGAGAUCUGAAGGCCACAUUCGGACUGGCGAGGCUGUACUACGAUGGCGCACGAGGGCUGAAGCGUGAUCUGCGCAUGGCAAAACAGUAUUUCAUGCAAGUUGCUCGCGAGUACUGGUCCGAGAGCGGCAAGACGAAAAAGGAUGUGCCUGGUGGUACCGAGAAGCUCGCAUCGAAGGCUGCAGGCUACUUGGGUCGAAUGUUCUUACGUGGUGAGGGUAUGGAGCAGAGCUACACCAAAGCGCGAAUUUGGUUCACGCGAGGUCUGAGUAAUGGCGAUGCGCUUUGUCAAUAUGGCCUUGGACUGAUGCAUCUGGAUGGUCUCGGAGUGGACCAAAAUGCUGUCAAGGCUGCCGACUUCCUUGCUGCGGCCGCCGAUCAGGACCUGUCGGUUGCACAAACAGAACUAGGACAGCUCUUCCUGGACCAGGGAGAUGUUGCCACAGCCUCGCGAUAUUUUGAACUCGCAGCGCGUAACACGCACAUCGAAGCAUUCUACUAUCUGGCUGAGAUGAGCAAUCAGGGUAUUGGUCGUGAUCGAUCAUGCGGUGUGGCAACAGCGUACUACAAGAUCGUAGCGGAGAAGGCGGAAGCGAUCUGGGGCACGCAAGCCGAAGCGAACUCAGCUUACGAAGAAGGUGAUACGCAAAAAGCAAUUGUUGCCUAUCUCAUGGCUGCCGAGCAAGGGUCCGAAAACGCGCAAUCGAACGUAGCCUGGCUGCUAGAUCAGACUACACCAAAGUGGUCACCCAUCUCAUAUGUCCUAGGUAUCAGCCAGACCGCCAAGAAUGCCUUGAAUGACGCCAAGCUUGCUUUGACAUACUGGACCCGCUCAGCAAAACAACAGAAUAUCGACAGCUACGUCAAGAUGGGCGACUACUAUCUCCUCGGCAUUGGCACACCGCUUUCGGCCGAGAACGCCGCGACAUGCUACCAAGCUGCGGCCGAGACGCUGCAGUCUGCGCAGUCCAUGUGGAAUCUUGGCUGGAUGCAUGAGAAUGGUAUUGGUAUCGAGCAGGACUUCCACCUAGCAAAACGAUUCUAUGACCAAGCCCUUGAGACGAAUCGAGAAGCUUACUUGCCUGUUAAACUCAGCCUCUUCAAGCUGAGGUGGAGAUCGUGGUGGAACGAUAUAACGAAUGGCGGUGUGAAGUCCAUGGGUGCUGAAGACACGGAGCGCAAGCGAAGGACAUUCGCUGAAUGGCUCAACGAUUUCCUUGAAGCAGACGCCCAGAUGUAUGCCCAAGAGUACGAAGCAGAUGACUGGAGUAGUGAAGACACUAUGCCUGGCGGUGAUGACUUUUGGGGUGCUGAGGGCGAAUUCAUAGACGAUGGAUUGCUGGAGACGCUGCUUAUUGGCGGACUGGUCGCGGCGCUGGCGUGGCUGAUCUGGUACAGACAGCAGCAGCAGCGGAGAGUCGAAGAGCAGAGAAGAAGGCAGGGUGUUGAGGGUGGUACACAGCCGGCACAGCAGCCAGCGGCGCCAGCUGCCGAUCAGCAACCUGAUGGCGGAUUCUUUCCUCAGCCGGGGGAUCCGAAUUUCAAUGCUUGGGUCGCUGGUGGAGUUGGAAAUUAA